AUGAGUACUGUUACUUCUUCGUUUGCAUCCCCCUCCAAAAGGCUAGAAGGCAAGGUGGCAAUUGUUACAGGUGGAGCAAGCGGCAUUGGAGCAAGCACUGUGCGUCUUUUUUGGGAGAAUGGUGCCAAGGUUAUAAUUGCUGAUAUUCAAGAUGACCUUGGACAGGACAUUACCAAUAAGCUCGGUCAAGAUGUUAGCUACAUCCAUUGUGAUGUAUCAAAUGAAGAUGAUGUGCAGAAUCUUGUUGACACCACCAUUUCCAAACAUGGAAGACUCGAUAUCAUGUAUAAUAAUGCAGGGAUCCUAGACCGCCACCUUGGGAGCAUCUUAGAUACCCAGAAAUCAGACCUGGACCGGCUUAUUGGGGUUAACUUGGUUGGGUCUUUCCUAGGAGCCAAACAUGCUGCAAGGGUCAUGAUACCUCAGAAAAAGGGCUGCAUACUAUUCACAGCCAGUUGUUGUACAUCAAUUGCAGGCAUUUCAACUCAUUCCUAUGCAGUGACCAAGUAUGGCAUUUGGGGGCUUGCUAGGAACUUGGCUGCUGAGCUCGGGCAAUAUGGGAUAAGAGUAAACUGCGUCUCCCCUUAUGGCUUGAUUACUGGCAUGGGGCAGCAGGGGCUCACCAGUGAAGAGGUAGAGGCAGCAGAGGCAUCCUUGAGUGAGAUGGGGAAUCUCAAGGGAGAAGUUCUCAAGUCUGAGGGUGUUGCAAGGGCUGCACUCUACCUGGCUAGUGAUGAAGCGAGUUACGUGAGUGGGCUCAACCUUGUGGUGGAUGGAGGCUUCAGUGUAGUCAAUCCUACCAUGAUCAAAGCUUUUAAUAUGCAUUGA